GUCGUCUUCUCCUAGCUAGAUAGCAACUCAGCGCAGUAAUCCAUCGACCCGAUAAUCCUACGUUAUCGUUUACCGUAGCUAUCAGUGUACUACAGCGACUACGCCGCCACAAAGAUGAACAAAGAAAGUCUUGCAUUGCACUCGCAAAGAUCUCAGUCCAGGUAUGACUAUGCUGCUAGGGUAUGGAAUGAAGUGCAAAAAGAGAAACCCAAAAAUUUCGGACUCAAGGAGCCACUCUCAGGGAGGAGCCCAGAGUUUCGCGCAUUAGGAGCCGCUCUCAUAUGCGCUUUCAUGGUGAUCCGGACCCAAGACCUCCAGGCUAGUGCAAGUGUUGAGUCGCCUGGCGACACAAAUGUAAUGAACAACUGGCAAAUUAGUAAAUAUCUAUACACCACAUCAUCGAACAUUUUCUGUCAAGUGAGCCGCCGAGCACGAGCUUGACCAUCGAAAACUUCAAGAAUUGCUGUUGUGAAAUCUUUACUUGCGCCUUCGAAGGCGCACUUCCUUUACUCUCUUCAGACAGACUGGCGGACCGAGAUGGCAAGUGCGCGGCGUCCGCAGACACUAAGUGAACAAGAGUCGUAAACACUCUGACACCGGAA